AUGGACUACGACACACAAAAAAAACUACAGCAGCUAUAUCUCUUCCUGUCCAACCUCCCCGAUACUAUUCCCUAUGCAGAUGCCGGACAAACACAGUAUGGCUUCUCCUUGGAUGAUGACAGGAUCGAAGACAUGGGGCCAAUCGGAGCGUUGAAUUGUGCACUUGAAUGUGUCAUGGGUCAAUGUCAUAACGGGCCUAUUUCGUUCAAGGAGCGUGGACCCGGCCUCGAGGCUGUAGUUGAUAUCCUUGAAGCCCACCUGAUUGAACACCAUGAAUCCCCAGAGACUAUACUUCUUGUCAAAUGGAUUGAUGACCUCACAACAGCAGCAGAAGCUGCAUUCAUGUCUGCUGGUAUCAUGCUGCCCCUUUGGACGAUGGCUGCAAAACCCACGGCGGAGGUCACCAAAAAUGGCAAAAAGGCUGCGUACUUCGACUUACCGGAGACCGACAAUCUCCGUGCGAGUGGUGCGAAAUCACACCCACUGCUUCUGGAGGGAACGAGGCGCUGCUACAAGGUCCCAGAGGGUGAGUGCAUUGGGAGCAAACAUUGUGGAACGACCUGGAAUAUGCCUCGAGCUCGUGACCGUAUUAUGGCACACCUUUCCAAAUGCACUCACAUUGACGAGAGCAUCCAGGAACGUGCAUUGAAAACUUUGGCAGCUAGCUCAAAAGGCCCCAAACUGCGAAUCCCGAACCCCGAGCCAUCACAAGCAGCAGACUCGGAGGAGCCAGAUGACUCGGGCAGCAAGACAAAACCGAGCAGACCAUCUACGAAGCCACUCCAGUCUUUCGUCAGAAAGGGGAGAGAGGAGAAUGGUGACCACGCUGUCAUGAAAUUUAUUGUCUGUUGUGGAGUCCCUCCGACAAUUGUGGAUUCCCUUGAAUGGAAGGAAUUAAUUUCAGUCCUCAAUUCGAACUAUCACUCACCUAGCUCUACAACACUUACCAGAAAUCUGAUUAUCAAGGAAGCAGCAAAGAUCGAGCCCCUUCAGUGACAAAUCCCGUAUUAUACGGGUCACCCGACCUACAUAAUAUCCCGUGUAAUACGGCCAGCGGAUCAUGGGCCGAUGUUAUGUAUAUUCCCGAUGCUGACGGGUGGGCCGGGAGGAAUAUUAUUUCCGAUGGAGAUGGGUG